CACUUUCUGUGCAUCAAAAACUAAUAGUUCACAGCCCGUGAGUAGCUUGCUGCUUCUCUGCCCUCCAAGAUGGAGCUGGACCCCAGAGAGCAGCAUCUCAGACAUGUUGAGAAAGAUGUUUGGAUUUCAAAGAACAUGAGAGAAAAGGCCAGAGAAAGGUGUUCUGAACACGUUGAAAAUUUUACCAGAUGUUGCAAGGACUCUGGGAUCCUUACAGUAUUAAAAUGCUGGAAGGAGAAUUCUGCAUUGAAAGACUGUCUAACUGCUUACUACAAUGAUCCAGCCUUCUAUGAAGAAGGCAAACUGGAAUACCUCAAGGAAAGGGAAGAAUUCAGAAAAAUUAGAGUUCCUACCAAGCAAAGGCUACGGAAGCUUCCCACAAACAUGUAGGCAAAGAGGUGAUCAGAAGUCACAUCUUCUGGAAGCCAGCUGUAAUGUAAACCAGAAAUGAUGGACUGAAACA